GGCCGCGGAGGUUCCGCCGGGCGGCGCGGCCAUGGCGGCGGGGUCUUGGCGCAGGAGCAUCGCCGCCCAGCUUUCGAAGGUUUUGGAUCUGCCACCAGAAAAUUUAAUAAAGUCCAUAUCUGCCGUUCCCGUCUCCAAAAAACGGCAUGUUGCUGAUUUCCAGCUCUCCAUUGCUUCUGUAAUAGAAAACAGUUCUAGUGAUUGCUUAGCACAAGACUUGAAUCUUCAAGCUCAGAAGCUGGCUGAAAGGCUAAAAUGUGAUGCUGUAGUGAGUGAAAUCAGCGCUGGUCCAGGAACAGUGAACUUUACAAUAAACAGGGAAUUAUUAGCAAAGGCUGUGUUGCAGCAGGUGUUCAAAGAUGGCUCAGAGUAUGGAGUAAAAAGUGAAAUUUUCUCUGCAGUGCCUAGACAAAAGGCAGUGAUUGAGUUCAGCUCCCCUAAUAUUGCCAAAAGGUUUCACAUAGGACAUUUGCGUUCCACAAUAGUAGGGAAUUUUAUAGCAAAUCUCAAACUUGCACUGGGACAUGAAGUAGUAAGAAUAAAUUACCUUGGUGACUGGGGCAUGCAGUUUGGCUUAUUGGGUGUUGGUUUCCAGUCCUUUGGCAACAAAGAAAAACUAAAAUCCAGUCCUUUACAACACCUGUUUGAGGUGUAUGUGCAGAUUAACAAAGCAGCAGAAGAUGAAAACACAAAAAAACUGGCGAAGGAUUUCUUUAGAAAACUGGAGGAACAUGAUGAGGAGACAUUGUCACUUUGGAAACAAUUUAGAGACUUCAGUAUUGAGGAAUACGUCCAGAUUUAUAAGCGUCUAGGAGUGCACUUUGAUGAAUAUUCUGGAGAGUCACAUUACCGAGAGAAGGCCCAGGAGGUUCUAAAGAUGUUGGAAGAUAAGGGACUUCUUCAAAAAACAACAAAAGGGACAGGAAUCGUGGAUCUUUCGGAAAAGAAAGACCUCUCAUCAGUUUGCACCGUCAUGCGUAGUGAUGGGACAUCUCUUUAUAUAACAAGAGAUCUUGCGGCUGCUAUAGACCGAAUGAACAAGCACAGCUGUGAUACUAUGAUUUAUGUGACAGAUAAAAGUCAAAGUCAUCAUUUUCAACAGUUAUUCCAAAUACUGAAGCUCAUGGGUUAUGACUGGGUAGAAAGGUGCCAGCAUGUGUCUUUUGGUCUAGUUCAAGGGAUGAAGACUCGAAGAGGAGAAGUAAUUUUCCUGGAAGAUGUUUUAAAUGAAGUUCGCUCGAGGAUGUUACAAAACAUGACUUCCGCAAAAACAACCAAAGAGAUACAAGACCCUAUGGAGACAGCAGAGAAGGUUGGUCUUGCAGCACUAAUAAUUCAGGACUUCCGGGGCCUUCUCUCGUCUGAUUAUCAGUUUAGCUGGGAUCGAGCUCUUCAAAGUCGUGGAGACACAGGUGUGUUCUUGCAGUAUACCCAUGCCAGACUCCAUAGUUUAGAACGGACGCAUGGGAACGCACAGCUAACUGAUGUUAACGUGGCAUGCUUGCAAGAGCCAGACGCCAUCUCUGUUCUUCAACAUCUUCUCAGGUACGAUGAGGUCCUGUAUAGAUCUUCUCAGGAUCUGCAACCCAAGCACAUUGUCAGCUACCUCCUCACACUUAGCCAUCUUGCAGCCGUGGCACACAAAACCCUUCCUGUGAGAGGCAGCACCCCUGAAGUAGCACAGGCAAGGCUCUGUCUCUUUCAAGCUGCACGCUCGGUUCUAGCCAACGGAAUGAAACUUCUUGGCAUCACACCUGUGACUCAAAUGUAAUGAGGCUGUGUGCAAUGUAAAGUCACAUCUCGUAGUAAAAUUUUUUCCCCCCAGAUAA